UUGGUUUCAUCCAAAAUUAGACUCGUACGGUCAUCCAAGAUGGCAGCCCCCGAUGCAUACGGAAUUCCCCGACUACCGGGUUUCGUAUUCACAGAAAAACUCGGUAGUGGCACUUAUGCUACAGUCUACAAGGCAUACAGAAAGAGCCAACAAAGAGAAGUGGUAGCAAUCAAAUGUGUCUCCAAGAAGAGCCUCAACAAACUCUCCACAGAAAACCUCCUUCAGGAAAUUGAGAUUCUCAAGAAGAUCAAACAUGAAUACAUUGUGGAACUCAAAGACUUCCAGUGGGACCAACAUUACAUCUAUCUCAUAAUGGAGUUCUGCAGUGGAGGGGAUCUAUCUCAGACCAUCCACAAAAGAAUAGCUCUUCCCGAGGCAACUGUCAAAACAUUUCUCAGACAGCUAGCCAGCGCACUCAUGUUCCUCAAUUCCAGAAACAUUACACACAUGGAUCUCAAGCCUCAGAACCUCCUGCUUUCAAAUUCAUACAACCCAGUACUUAAGGUGGCAGAUUUUGGAUUUGCUCAGCACAUCACAGAGGAUAUUCAAGCAGACAUGCUUCGUGGAUCACCUCUCUAUAUGGCCCCUGAGAUCAUCACAGAUAGGAUCUACAACGCUAAGGCUGAUCUCUGGUCAGUAGGGGUCAUCAUGUUUGAAUGUCUUUUUGGCGGUCCACCCUUAGCUUCAAGCUCCUACGCACAGUUAGCUGAAAAGAUUAGAAGCCCCAAACCUAUUGAGAUCCCCACCUUUGUUGAGUCGUCUGUUGCCUGUCGAGACCUUCUCUCAAGGCUUCUUAAGAGAGAUCCAGGCGAGAGGAUAGAGUUUGAAGAUUUCUUCCAUCACCCUUUCAUCGAUCUAGAACAUAUUCCAUGCUCAGAAUCAUUGGAUAAAGCUAGAACAACUGUAAUGGAAGCUGUGAAGUCUGACCAGAAAGGAGAAUGGAAAGAAGCAAUCAGGCUUUAUCUUAAAGCCAUGGAAUACUUCAUCCCAGCCAUCCAAUAUGAGCGAGAUUCCACUAAGAAAGAAGCUCUGAAAGUGCGAGGCAUGGAGUACAUGAGGAGAGCAGAGGAGCUGAAAGGAUUAUUAAAACCCAAGAAAACACCUCUAAAUAACUCAGAAUCUGUCCAGGAUGAUAGUGAGCAAGCAAGCAGAUCCUCCACCAACUCGGGACUCGUGCAUGAUAUUCAUCUCUUAGAUAAAAUGGCUAAUGGAAACCCAGAUAUGAAAGUUGCAGUGAAGCUGGCCAAAGAUGCAUCAAGAGAGGAUAACAAUGAAGAAUACCUGAUAGCUCUAGACCUGUAUGAACAAGCCCUGAGUCAUCUAAUGCCAAUAUUACAAGUUGAACAAAAAGGUAAAAGGAAAGACCUGCUCUUGAAGGAGACAGAGAAAUGUAUGACGAGAGCUGAGGUUCUCAAACAGUACUUAGAGAUUCAAAAGAUGAAACCAAUAAGACAGUCUUCAUUAGACAGACAUUUACAAGCAACUGACUCCUUCAAAGAUUGUAAGUCAUUCAAACAUUUCAUUUUUCAUUACAGCUUAUAGCUUAAAUUAUUUAGG